AUCCUAUAAAUCAGCUCAUUCGUCUCCUUCGUUCCUCUCUGCGUGCCCUAGUUUUUCAGAUCGCCGAUUUUGCAGUAAGGAGACGAAGAUAUGGUGCACGUUUGCUACUACCGCAACUAUGGAAAGACCUUCAAGGGACCACGUCGUCCUUAUGAGAAGGAGCGUCUUGACUCUGAAUUGAAGCUUGUUGGUGAGUAUGGUCUGCGUAACAAGCGUGAGCUCUGGAGAGUGCAGUAUUCUCUUAGCCGUAUCCGUAAUGCUGCUAGGGAUCUUUUGACUCUUGAUGAGAAGAGUCCAAAAAGGAUCUUUGAGGGUGAGGCUCUUCUCCGUAGGAUGAACCGUUACGGGCUUCUUGAUGAGAGUCAGAACAAGCUCGAUUACGUCUUGGCUUUGACUGUUGAGAACUUUCUUGAACGUCGUCUUCAGACUAUUGUGUUCAAGUCUGGUAUGGCUAAGUCUAUCCAUCACUCUCGUGUCCUCAUCAGGCAGAGGCAUAUCAGGGUUGGAAAGCAAUUGGUGAACAUUCCAUCAUUCAUGGUGAGACUUGAUUCACAGAAGCACAUCGACUUUGCUCUGACCAGUCCCUUCGGUGGUGGCCGUCCAGGAAGAGUGAAGAGAAGGAACGAGAAGUCUGCCUCCAAGAAAGCCUCUGGUGGUGGUGAUGCAGACGGUGAUGACGAGGAGUAAAUCUAAAGCCCCACCGUUUUAGCUAUGAAGCAAUCUGCUUUUUGAUAUUUUGUAGUAUGCAACUGUGUUGUUCGUUUUCAGAGGAUUGUUUUAUGGUUUCUUUCUUUUACUCUCGAGAUUGCUGAACCUUUGGGUUAUCUAUUUCUCAUAUUUUUCUUUUCAAGUUUUGGCUUA